CCGUGCCGGCAUGGUCCGCUAGGCUCUGCCCCGCGUCGUCCGCAGUCUGGUCCGCGAGCGUCAGUGGUCGCCGCCGCCGCCGCCGAGCUGCCGCCUCCGCCAUCUUGGCAUGCGGGAGCGGCGCGCCGCCGGCGGGGAUCUUGGAGAGGGUGGCGUCGUGACUUACCGGCCAGCGCGCCGCCUCAGAUAGCCGGCGGCGUCGACCGCGUGGCUCGCACGGGCGCCCAGCGCCGCAUGAGCACACGAGAUUUUUUAUACUUAAUUUUUAGCAAGUAUGAAUGAGUUGGAUACAUUGAGGCAAGAGGCGGAGACAUUAAAAAACGCCAUUCGAGAUGCCCGGAAAGCUGCGUGCGACACGACCCUGGUGCAGGCCACGGCCAGCAUGGAGCAGAUCGGCCGGAUACAGAUGCGCAACCGACGCACACUGCGCGGUCACCUGGCCAAGAUAUACGCCAUGCACUGGGGCUGCGACUCGCGGAACCUGGUGUCAGCAUCGCAGGAUGGCAAGCUGAUCGUGUGGGACAGCUACUCCACCAACAAGGUGCAUGCCAUCCCGCUGCGCUCCUCCUGGGUCAUGACCUGCGCUUAUGCGCCCUCGGGCAACUUCGUGGCCUGCGGUGGCCUCGACAACAUCUGCUCGAUAUACAGCCUGAAGACGCGCGAGGGCAGCGUACGCGUCAGCCGAGAGCUGCCCGGCCACACGGGCUACCUCAGCUGCUGCCGCUUCGUCGACGACAACCAGAUCGUGACCAGCUCCGGUGACAUGACCUGCGCCCUCUGGGACAUCGAGACGGGCCAGCAGUGCAUGGCGUUCACCGGCCACACGGGCGACGUGAUGUCGCUCUCGCUGGCGCCCGACAUGCGCACGUUUGUGUCCGGCGCCUGCGACGCCUCGGCCAAGCUGUGGGACGUGCGGGAGGGCGUGUGUCGCCAGACCUUCUCCGGACACGAGUCUGACAUCAACGCCAUCGGGUUCUUCCCCAGCGGGCACGCGUUCGCCACGGGCUCCGACGACGCCACGUGCCGGCUGUUCGACAUUCGCGCCGACCAGGAGCUGGCCAUGUACUCGCACGACAACAUUAUCUGCGGCAUCACCAGCGUCGCCUUCAGCAAGUCGGGCCGCCUCCUGCUGGCCGGCUACGACGACUUCAACUGCAACGUCUGGGACGCCAUGCGCACGGAGAGGGCCGGCGUGCUGGCGGGCCACGACAAUCGCGUCAGCUGUCUGGGCGUGACCGAGGACGGCAUGGCCGUCUGCACCGGCUCUUGGGACAGCUUCCUCAAAAUCUGGAACUAGCGGCGUGUGCGCCCGAGCCGGGCCGCCCGCACGCGGACCGGCGCCGCGC